AUGUCAACUUGCUCUUCAAUGCAGAAUUCUGGAAGCUUUAGCUUGGAUCGAGCGAGCCCAUUCACUCUAACGGGUGCCAAUAUCUUUGUCCUGCUUGGUUGCUCAACUACAUCUCCUGUGUUUGAUCCAAGUGAGGAUUUGUGUGAUACUGGGUCAGGUACUCGUGUUUGUAGUGGUUUGUAUUCUUGCAAAGGAAUAACAGGAAUUGGGUUGCCACAAAAUGCACCCACGUCCACCUGCUGUGUUUAUGACUCACUGAUGGGAGUAGGAUCAGGUUAUUCUUUGGAUCUUCCAAAACUUCAGUGCUCAUCAUAUACAUCAAUAUACGAGUUUGGAGAUGAAGGGGAUCCCAUGAAGUGGAAAUUUGGAAUUUCUUUGCAGUAUAACGAUUCAUACUACACACCUGCAUGUAAGGACUGUGAAACCAGUGGAGGUUUGUGUGGCUUUGCUGGGCUGGAUGGGUCAUUUUCUUGCAUUUGCCGAGAUGGUGUGAACGCUACCACAAAUUGCUUUGGGCAUGCGUAUACCUGGAGUGGGGCAUGGGAACCCAAAAUUCAAACCAAGACUAUUAUUGGAGGCAGUGGACAUUAUCACAUGGUCACUGCCCCAUUCUUAUGA